GCUCCCGGUGGUGCAAUGGGUAAAACCCUUGUGCUGGCAGGACUGAAGACCAACAGGUCGGAGGUUCGAAUCCGGGGAGAGCAUGGAUGAGUUCCCUCUGUCAGCUCCAGCUUCCUAUGCGGAGACAUGAGAGCCUCCCACAUGAAUGGUAAAACAUCAAAACAUCCAGGAACCAAUGAGGGAAUGUGUGUAAGUUGAAAAUAAUACAGAUACUAGAAGGACGUGGGAUAGAGAUACAAUUUGUGACAUUGCCAGUGGACACAGCAAGACAAUGACAGAGUGAGGCCAGACCGAGAAAGGAAGGGAAACAUGAUGAUACCAAAAGUGAAGAUGGAUAAAGAUAGAGAUAAGGAGAAAGAGAAGAAAAUGCAAAACAGGAAAGACUCAUUAACAAAAGACCCAUCAGCAGAAGAAACUAUACUUAAAAAGGAAGAAUUGACUAUGAAAGAUCUAAUGAGAGAGAUCCUAAAAUUGCAAACAGAUGUUAAUAGAAUAGAAGGAAAACAAGACAAGCAGUACAACAGCAUCAAGAAGGAAAUGGAAGAGAUGAAGAGGGAGGUCAAGGAGGAGGUGCAAAUGGCAAUGAAGGAAGAAGUGAAAAACAUCUAUAAAGAAAUUGAGACAUUAAGACAAGAAAGGAAAGAAGAUGCCAAAGAAAGUAAAGCAAUUAAACAUCAUCAGAGAGAAUUGGAAAAAACCGUACACAUCGUGGAGAAAAAAAUAGAGGUACUGCAAACGCAACAAGAAAUCUUAGAGGCUAAAGAAAAAGAAUACCAACUAAGAUUUAGGAACAUCCAGGAGGAAGAUAAAGAGAAUAUCAGAGAAAUAAUUGCAAAUAUGGUGGCGCAGCUUCUCCAACUUAGUCGUGAAGAGAGCGAGGACAACAUUGACCGAACUUUUAGAAUCCAAUCAAACUAUGCGAAAAGAUACAAUGUACCGAGAGAUGUGGUGGUGUGUUUUGGGAAGAAAAGUGUGCGAGACAAAGUAUUAAAGGAGAAUGCCAAAAGACCAACUUACUAUAAAGGAAACAAAGUUGCAAUCUUAAAAGAACAUCCAAAAGCAGUCUUAGAAAGAAGAUGCAAAUACUUCUUCCUCACCGAUGAGCUUAAAAAAAGGAACAUAAGAUUUAAAUGGGAGAAGAGAGAAGGAAUAAUGGUCACUUGGGAAGACAACAAACAUUGGUUAACGACAAAACUUAAAGCAAGGGCAUUCUUCGACAAAUACAUGGGGAAAGAAGGUGAGGACCCAAAGGAGUGUGAAGGAAAGGAUGGACGGGGAGAAGAAGAUGAUCAGGAAAACAACCAGGCAAGACAAAGAAAAAGACCAAGAGAAGUAUCCCCAAAGGAACAUAAGAGCUAUGCGGACUCAGCUUUGGCGAAUACGGCUACUGACAGAGAAAAAGACGAAACAGAUGGCAAAAAGUAUUAAAAUGUUUUCAAACAAUGUAAACGGUUUAAAUAACCCAAAUAAACGAAGGAAAAUUUGGCACCAACUUCAAAAAGGGCAAUUCGAUAUAAUUUCUUUACAGGAAACCCAUAUCUGUCAUAAGCAUAUAGCCCAUCUAACACAAAAGAAACUGGGGAAAAUGUAUUGUGCGUCUGGAGGAGAAAAAAAGGGGCGGUAGUAACAUAUGUCAAAGAAGCGAUACCAUCAAAACAGAUUUUUAAAGAUUAGGAGGGGAGAAUCCUGGGUAUUACUAUACAAUUUGGUGGGAGGAAUGUGCUGCUGUGCAAUAUCUAUGCUCCAAAUGGUGUGAAAACUAAAUUUGUAGAAACGCUACAAAAGAAGAUUUUAGAGCAGGACUAUGAUGAUUUAAUCAUCACGGGUGACUUCAAUGGGGUCAUAGACAGUAAAAUUGGUAAAUCUAAAGGAACAAAAAAGACAAAUAACUACUACAUGGGAGAACUCCCGAGAGACUUUAAACUAUUAAAAGAAAACCUAAGAUUGCUAGACAUAUGGAGACACCUUCACAAAGAUGAACAGGAUUUUACCUUCUUCUCGAACCAACACAAUAUAUGGUCCCAUAUAAACAUGAUAUGGGGAACAAAAGCAAUUGUCUCAAAAACUACAAAAGCCAAGAUCCUGACAAGAAUAAACUCUGAUCACUCCCCGAUAGAAGUGAUCCUUGAGAACACAGACAAUAGUAAAAAAAUAUUUAAAUGGAGAUUAGAUGAACAGCUAAUAAGAGAACACAAGGAUCAGGAGACUAACAAGAAGGUACUGGAGGAGUUCUUCAAUAUCAACAUGGAAAAGGAUACAACAAUGGACAUUAUAUGGGAUACAUCUAAAGCAUAUAUAAGAGGUUACUUUAUACAACAGAAAGCAUUGAGAAACAGAAUUAGAAAUGGCGAACUUAGAAAGAUAGAGGAGGAAAUCCAAAAUGCAGAGGUAGAACUUAAGAAAAACCCAAAUAACAAGAAAAUGUGUCUACAAUUGGACAUAUUAAAGAAAAGGAUGAACUCAUACCAAUUAGAGGAAAUAAGUCAAAAACUAAAAUAUGUGAAACAAAAUCAUUUCGAAAAUGCAAAUAAAAUAGGGAAAUAUCUA